CUUUUUUCAUUUUUUAUUCGAGAAAAAGAAAGAAAGGUAACAUUGCCGAAGAUUAACCCAAACCGUUCUUGUUGUUAAAUAACUUUUGCCUUCUUGCUUUUCUUUCUCUUUUACAUAACAGUACACCACAUAAAUGGGACGUAAAAAGAUUCAAAUUCAACCUAUCAAAGAUGACCGUAAUAGACAAGUAACAUUUUUAAAGAGGAAGCAUGGUUUAAUGAAGAAGGCCUAUGAAUUAAGUGUGCUAUGUAAUUGUGAAGUGGCGCUAGUGAUCAUACCAUCCAAUAAUAAAAUCAUUCAAUACUCAAGUUCUGACAUGGAUUCUUUAUUAACCCGGUUUAAGAAGAGCGAUUGCCCUCGAGAGAUAAAGACAAAUGAAGAUUUUAUGGAGAAUGCAGCCAAGAGUGGUCACCAUGUAGAUGAUGAAUCUGAUAAUGACACUCUAGAACAAUCCGAAAAAGUUGUCAAUGAAAUAAAACCUCAGCAACAACAACAACACCAGCAAAAACAUCAACAACAGCAACAACCUGUCAUGGUGGUCCCGACUCAGCCAAGCAUGUCAUUUCCGUUUAAUACGACACGCCCCCAUGGUUACACCAACGUUCGUCAUCCAUUGCUAUUGCAAAAUAAUGUGUUGCCAACACCUUUUGAUUUGUAUCAACAACAACAACAACAACAGCAGCAACAGCAGCUAUUUUUACUGCAACAGGUAACCAUGACAACUUAAAAAUAGAAGUUUUUUAAACUUUUUAUAAUAAAUAGAACAUGCAGCAACAACAGGAGCACAGACAUAUGAUGACACAACAAUUUCAUCCAGCCACAGUUAUGAUGCAUGAGGCUGGAACAU